UUGCCAGAGAUGCUCUUUAGUAUAUGUACUUAAUGUUCUAACUUGAUGUGUCCAGAAUAUUUGUAAGGGUACAGUGUGCAUGCCUUGUGGGAGAUGUAGUGUUUGAGUGGUAACUGCACACUGGAUUGAGAUCAAGAGGUCUGGGAUCAAGUGUUUCUACAGGCUUUAUUAAGAUUGUGCUCUUGGAGGUCUACAAUUUCUCCCUUUUCCGCUUCUUGGUAGGAAAAUGGAACUGAGAAGUAAAUGUAUUCAGUUUGAGGCUCUUUGAUGUCGGCCCAGUGAGUGUUUACCACUUCCUUAUGCUAAACUAGUUGAGGUCUUAUAGAAGCCACUAUCCAAAUGGUUGUGCUAAUUAUAUUAAUGACUGAAAUGCCCCUUUGUCUUCUCUUUGUACUUUGAAACUGGUGAUGCAGGGGUUGCAUAGCUUAGAAAUAAUUAUGAUCAGGACAGUUAUACCUCAAUAUUGUACUUGAGUGUCAAAACCUUUCAUGAUAGAAAAUGUGAAAUGUAAAUGGUAAAUUAAAUCAAAUUCGCAAAACCGUGAACACCUAAAAUAUGUCUGGAAUGUUUAUUGUUUGAUGAUCAAUAGUUGAAACUAAACACAUUUGUUCCGUGACCGAUGGAAUAGAUCCGAUUUCUGUGGUUUCUAUGGUCUGAAGGUCACUCUCGUGAUUGGUUAUAACACAAUAAACACUCCAGACAUUUUUAAGUGUUCACAGCUUUGUAAGUUUGAUUGUAAAAGUAAACGUCAAUUUUUUAAUUUGAUCAAUGUAAACUGGCCAUUGGACAGUGGAUACUAGACUUGUCAAUGAGCCUUUUGCUGGUGAAGUAUAAAUAUCAUAAAAUAAUGCUGUUUUUGUUGGUUGUUUAUUUCAGAUGGCACUGAAGCACCAUCCAGAUAAAAAUCCUAAUAAUCCUGAAGCUACAGAAAAAUUUAAAGAAGUUAAUCAUGCACAUAGUAUAUUAGCUGAUCCUGGAAAAAGGGAAAUUUAUGAUAAAUAUGGCUCUAUGGGUCUCUACAUAGCAGAACAAUUUGGCGAAGAGAAUGUCAAAUUGUACUUUAGGCUUAACAGUGGCUGGUGCAAGGUAGGUUAACUAUUUGGUUUAAGUGUUAGGUACAAAUCUAAAUCAUGCUCUCUCAGAUUGUCAGGAUUCAGUGAAACAUCUUCCUGUAAUAAUUAGCACAAGUGUUACUUAUCUGCACUUGAUUUGACUUAAAGUUCUGCAGACCAGUUGGGAAAUACUGUGAAAGUAUGAAAGCGCUUUUUAUUCGGCUCUAUGCCACGUGCAUUCGCGUCCCCAGAGGCCGCACUCCUUUUGGUCGGCACCAAGAGUUGCGACCUCUGGAAAGGUCCAAUUUUCAGAGGAUGCGCAGAGUAAUCAUUUCGUAUUCUCAGCCAAUCAGAUUUGUCAGACUUGACUCUGAGCAUGCGCAGAGUGACGUGAAGUCGGUGAA